AUGGAUGGAAGGGGCAUAGAAAUAAUCGUCUCCGACGAGAACGACACCCGGGUGUCCACAGUUCUCUCGGGGAAAAGGGCGGUGCUUCGCCGCAUAUGGACUAUUUUGCUGGACAACAGGGUGGAAGGGCGACCGGAUGCAGAGAAGGCCUUGCAUCCUCGUCCGGAAGAGCACCGGGUUCUCAAACGUGUCUUGAACAUCAUUUUCAUCACCAUCGGCGUGGCCUUGUUUAUUUCUGUCCUAGUGGUCAUUAUCUACUGCGUCGUUG